UCAGUACGCAUGCGCGGUCCGGGGACAUGGCGACGGUGGUUGACUGAAAAAAAUUUGUCACGCCGAGUAAAGCGCAAACACAAGGCGCGGAUGAGCCGUGAGCAGCAUGGCCAGGCACAGGAAUGUUCGCGGACUGAAGUAUGACGAAGACUUUGAAGAUGAUGAUGUCUAUGGCCAAUCUGUAGAGGAUGACUACUGCAUUUCUCCAGCAACAGCUGCUCAGUUCAUUUAUAAACGAGAUGAUUACAACAGAAGAGCCUUUGCACAGGAACCUCUGGAAGAAGGUGAUGAAUAUGCAGAAGAUAAAGUGGAGGAGCCUUUCCACAGUAAUCAGCCAUUACUAAGUGAAGUUGAUCAAGCUCGUCUUCAAUCCUGUCUAGAUAAAAUGCGAGAAGUCUUGAGGGAAUCUGUAUCAGAUCAAGUCAUGGUCAAUGCUGUGCUGAAUAGUCAGUAUGAUGCACGUAAAGCCCUGGACCUUGUGCUAUCUGAGGACUCCCAUCAAAAAACAAAAAGAAAGAUUCAGAAUACAGUCCCUACACGGAAAUCCAUAGUAGGAGAUAUAUUUUAUUCAUCCAGAUUAGUAGAUUCUAAACCCACAGAUUCAUGUUUACCAGUAAUGUUAUUAGAUGACACAGAUAAUUCUUCAGCUUUUGAUUUGAGUAUUCUACUGUCGAACAAAUCUGAGUUAAGUUCUGUGUUUGCUCCCAUGGCAGCCUGUGAAUCUGUUAAUAAUGAAUGUGCAAAUGAGGGAGAGGAGACCUCAGCACAGUGUAUAUCGUUGUUGGAAAUGAUCAAAGAAACCCCAAACGUGGCACAGACAGAUGCGAAGGCAUUAAAUUGCCCGUUGAUUGACCAGGCUACAAUAAUAAAACAUACUGGCAAAGCAAAGGAGCAAUCUGCAAGAGUUGAUGCUGAUAUCGUGCCAAAAGUAGCAAAAAUGACUGUAUCUGGAAAACAGAUAACAGGCUUUAAUAUACCAAGCACAAAUGUUGAUGAGAACGACCCCUUGCGAAAAGGUGCAGUCUCUGAAGAGGUUUCUCCACCUCCGGUGCUGGAGCCUUCAUCCAAGUCGAAUUCUACAGCUCAUGUUGCCCCUUUAUCUGAAGAAACAACAGUGAUUCAGACUCCCAGUAAGGGCUCUGUCAAAGCAAGACAGCAGAUUGAUGUGAAGGCAGAGCUUGAAAAAAGGCAAGCAGGGAAGCAGCUGCUCAAUCUUGUUGUGAUAGGCCAUGUUGACGCUGGCAAAAGUACUUUAAUGGGUCAUCUACUUUACCUUCUGGGAAAGGUAAACAAACGUAUAAUGCACAAAUAUGAACAAGAAUCAAAAAAAGCAGGAAAAGCCUCCUUUGCCUUUGCUUGGGUUUUGGAUGAGACAGGUGAAGAAAGGAAAAGAGGUGUAACAAUGGAUGUUGGAAUGACAACAUUUGAGACAAAGACCAAAGUGAUCACGCUAAUGGAUGCACCAGGUCACAAAGACUUCAUUCCAAACAUGAUUACAGGUGCUGCCCAGGCUGAUGUAGCAAUUCUUGUUGUAGAUGCAAGCCGAGGAGAGUUUGAGGCUGGAUUUGAGGCUGGUGGACAGACUAGAGAGCAUGCAUUGCUAGUUCGUUCUCUUGGUGUAACACAGUUGGCUGUUGUUGUUAAUAAGAUGGAUCAGGUGAAUUGGCAACCUGAAAGAUUUAAAGAAAUUUCUAAUAAACUUGGACAUUUCCUGAAGCAAGCAGGUUUUAAGGAUUCUGACGUUGCUUACAUCCCUACAACUGGACUGAAUGGCGAGAAUCUAACCACAAGAAGUCAAAUACCUGAACUCAAAGCCUGGUACAAUGGACCUUGCUUGUUAGAGCAAAUUGAUUCUUUCAAGCCACCACAAAGACCAGUGGAAAAACCAUUUCGUUUGUGUGUGGCUGAUGUAUUUAAAGAUCAAGGGUCAGGGUUCAGUGUUACUGGUAAAAUUGAAGCAGGAUAUGUUCAAACAGGAGAUCGAUUGCUGGUUAUGCCUCCCAAUGAAGCUUGCACUAUUAAGGGAAUUGCCUUACAUGAUGAGCCACUCGAUUGGGCCGCAGCAGGAGAUCACGUCACUCUCACAGUGACUGGUGUGGACAUUAUAAAAAUAAAUGUCGGGUGUAUUUUUUGUGAUCAGAAAGCACCUAUAAAAACAUGCAUGAGAUUUAGAGCUAGAGUUCUUAUUUUCAGUAUUGAUAUUCCAAUCACACAAGGUUUGCCAGUUUUAUUACACUACCAAACUUUAAGUGAACCAUGUACAAUCAGAAGGCUAGUGAGUGUUCUGCACAAGAGUACAGGAGAGAUUCUCAAGAAAAAGCCCAAAUGUUUGACUAAAGGCCAGAAUGCCUUGAUAGAGCUGCAAACUCAGAGACCUGUCCCUCUGGAACUUUACAAAGACUUCAAGGAACUGGGUCGUUUUAUGUUACGUUAUAGUGGAUCCAGCAUAGCAGCAGGAGUAGUCACAGAGAUAAAAGAAUAAUUAUGGAGAUGGGUUUCCUAAUUUUACACCUUUCUUCAAACUUAAGAAACACAAGCCAACUCGACAAUAUUCCACUUGAGUGAUGUAACAAUUGUGGUCGGCAAAACGAAGUGCAAUUUAUAAUAACCCAAAAUGGAACCUCAAUGAAUGUGAAUUCUCCUUUGCAAUACUGUGUUGAAGAAAGCAACUGACAGAAUGGUUUUCUUUUAAAUUUAUUGAGUCAUACUGCCAGUAAUACCUCCAUAAGCAAAGUUGCACUGUGUCUGAGAAGAAUCUCUGUACACGAUUAGUUCUAGUGAUUUUUAUCGGCACCCUGCAGACUGAUGCAUAGCACACAUCAACAAAAUUUAAAAAAGGAAAUUGUUGGGUGCACGAUGAGUGCCCCAGCUGAAUUACACAUUUAGUGGGAAAUUUGAUAACAAAUACUUCUUUGGUUUGCCUGCCUCCUAUUUGUUCUUCUAUUAGUGUGCCAUGAUUUACUAACAUAUUUGUGUUGAUCUGCUGACACAGAUUGGUGAUAACAAGUAACAAAAGUACUUAGAAUGCUCUUUCAAAGAAAAUGAUUUGCAGUACAUCAGGUGAUCAGAUGUAAUACUCUUAACUUUCACAUCAACGGGAAGUAUUCCAAAAAUAUUUAUCAAGGUGCCAGUAAUUAAAGCUGGUAUUGAAUAAAAUCUAGUUAAAGCA